AUGACGGAGGGCGAAGGAAAGGGAAGGAGAGACCACAUUGGAGCAGCGGGGGUGCCUUCUUCCUCUCCCAUUCAGCCUCAGUUGGUUGGCUCCAUCCCAGGCUUGGAAGAGAACAAGAUGCUGGAGGAGAACAUAGCCAUAGUGGGAAACUUUGCUGAAAAGAUUGAAGAACACGACUCCAAGCUUGGAAAAGGCUCUCCUCUCAUUGAAACUCAGCCUUGUGGAACCUUCGAGGAACAGAAUACACAGAAGACCCUGGAGAUGGAUGCGUUCAGCUUGGAUUUACACCGCCAGCGCUUCCGGAGGUUGUGCUACAAGGAGGAAGAAGGGCCCCGGAGAGUUUGCAGCCGGCUUCAUGCUCUUUGCCGGCAAUGGCUGAAGCCAGAAAGGCACACCAAGGCGGAGAUGCUGGACCUGGUGGUGCUGGAGCAGUUCCUGGCCAUCCUUCCUACGGAGAUGGAGCGCUGGGUGAGGGAGUGCGGGGCAGAGAGCAGCUCCCAAGCCGUGGCCCUGGCAGAAGGAUUCCUCCUCAGCCAUGCAGCAGAGAAAAGGAUGGAAGAGAGGCAGGAAAUCUUUGUGGAAGAGAUGGCUGAGAUGAAAAAAUCUAAUUCUGAGACGAAGGGCAUCGAACAAGAUGGGGACAGAGCACCCAGCGCAUUGGGAAGUGCCAUAAAGGCAUGGCCAUUCAAUACAGGCAAGUCUUUUCGGUGCGAUGAUCUCAGAACGGCUUCUUCAAAACCAGAGCAGGUAAGGGGCAAAAUUCAUGGUGAUCUUCGAAGAGCUGGCUGUGUAUUUUACUGCAGAGGAGUGGGCGCUGCUAGAUCCAAGCCAAAGGAAGCUUCACGAGGAAAUGAUGAUGGAGAAUUGGGGGAGUGUGUCCUUUGUGGGUGA